UGGCAGGCCUUAAACAGCUGUUGCUGUGCACGGACUGUUUACACGCAAUUAAUUAAAAUUGGAUUCUAGAAUAAUUUAAGUUAAAUUUAUGUUUUAAUACUGUGCAUUGUCUACGAUGAGCGAGAAUUUGGAGCAGAAAUACAUAAAAAUAGAGCAUAUAAAAGAGGAAGAUGUAAGUACUGAAUGGCAUUCCGCCGAGACGAUGCUGGCCAAACCUGUAGGGAAGAAGGAGAUCAAAACAGAAGAUAACUGUGCUGAAAUAGAUAUAGGACCUAUCCAGGUUGAGCUGGACAGGCCCACAAAAUGCCUGAGUCGAAGCAGUGUAAAGCAGCGGCAAAAGCAGAAAGGAGCGCCAGGAAUGAAGAAUAAUAUCGUUGGCAAGCAAAACAAUCAGUGUCCUUACUGUCCGCGCCACUUCGAGAUGCGCUACGAACUUCAAAUACAUCUGCGGAUCCAUACGGACAAUCUGCCGUACAAGUGCCAACAAUGUCCGAUUAGCUUUGCCCACAUCGCGAACUACAGAGCCCAUAUGCGUGCCCACAAAGACAGAUGUCCCUACAAGUGUCCACAUUGCCCUAAUGCCUACGAUCAGUAUUCACACUAUCUUCUCCAUAUGCGCACGCACGCCGUGUCGCUCCAGUGUCCCCAUUGUCCGCGAAUCUUCUUCAAGCAUUGCAGCUUUAUGCGACAUUUCAAUGCACACAACAACAACAAACGGGAAUUUCUGCGCUACAAGUGCAGCCACUGUCCAGAAACCUUUACCCAGCUCUCGAGGUGCAAGGCGCAUAUGAGGAAACAUGACAUCCAAGCCAGCUAAUGUGUACCAAGUGCAAAGAAUUGCUUCUGAUGUCUGGUGGAAAGAACCAACCAGGGAAACCUGCGUCUGACAAACUGCCGAGCCAGGUGACAAACGCGAAAGGGUCUUUAAAUCUUGAAUCUCAAGCAUCUUCUGUUAAUACAUUAUCUUAGAAAUCAUACACAAAAGUUUUACCGAAACAUCUUAUACAAUAGUACUUAGCUCUAAGUGAAUUUUUGUUUAAUUAAAAAGCCUGAAUGUACA